AUGGUAGUCAAAGAUCUCGUCCUAACGCCAUUUCGCGUCGCAACCUCCAAACCCGCGCAAAAGACCUACAUCAACCUCAUCCUCUUCCUCUCCACCUCCCUCACCCUCCUCGGUCUCUCAACCCUCGCAUACGUCCUCUUCUACUACCUCUACGUCCCCCAAAUUGGAAUAGAACGCCCCAUCCACCUGCAAUAUGGCGACGGACCACACCCACACGCCCUCAUCCCGCUCACCUCCCUCGUCCCCUCCCAACCCUACACCAUCCACCUAACCCUCACGCUCCCGCGCUCGCCGCCAAACCUCACCCUCGGACCCUUUAUGCUCGCUCUCACCCUCCUCUCGAGCUCCUACAAACCGAUCGUUGUGCCGACGCCGACAAUACACGUUCACCCCCUCCCGACAUUAAGUCUGUACCUCACAUCCAUCCAAGAACCCGAUAUCAUCCACACCGUCCGUCGACCGGCCCUCAUCCCCUAUACCUCGCGUCUCGUCUCCCUUUCGACGCGCAUCCUAGGCCUACCUCUAUACAUCCUCGGUCUGCGCACUGAAACCUCGACGCUCGAAGUCGAGCUGGCCGAGAACUUAGUCUUCAACCGUAAAGAUGGCGUGCCGGCUUACGCGAUGCUAGAAGUACAGGCGGGACAAACUCUACAAGUCUACGACGCGACAAUGUAUGUUAGGGCGCGGUUUGGGGGCUUGAGGUGGUGGAUGUGGAAUCACCGCAUCCUGAGCGCAUUCGUAGGAAUAUUUACCUUUUGGGCAUGUAGUAACAUCGUCAUGGUAUUCUCCUGGACGAUAUUACGCGUGCUCUUCCCAUCCCAAGAAUCAUCUACAUCGCUCACGCGCUCGGAAAACGAGGUUAAAAACGAGCCUGGGACGGACGAAGAACCAGAUCUCUCGGACACCCCGCGCACAUUCCCUACGUAUGGACGACAGGCGCCGUUGCGGUAUGAGCCUGUUGUGAAGAAAGAGGAAGCGGAGGAGGAUGUGUUAGCCGAAACGGAGAUCGCGCCGUUGGGGGAGGCGGAUGAUGAGGAUGACGAGGAUGGCGCGUUUGGCGAUUCGGGGUUGGGGACGAGUUAUAGUGAGGGUGGAGGGGGAAGGAGGGGGGGUGUUAGGAGGAGGAGGGAGAAGGGGGGUUGA